AUUUCUGACAUGAGCUGUUUCUGGUGUUGUCGUUUACUGCUGGAGAAGCUGAUGGCACAGAUACAGUACAAGUGCCAGAGGAACCAUAAACACAAAAUAAGCAGAGAUCCUCUUUACCCCCAUUGCUCUGGGCCAACCAGAUGACCGCAAGAUAUCUUUCCCAUAACAAACCACCUCUCAUAACAUACAAACUGCAUCAGAUGAGAAGAUCUUCACCGCCUUAAACACGUCUCUGAAUCUGAUGUGUUAUACUAAUGAAUCAGAAUUUGAAUUCCUAAUUUUGGAUUUGGACACAGCUGAAUUCUCACACACUGCACAAUGGUUCAAGGUGUUUCAGAGGUAGCCGCAGUGUGUGUCGGCCUGAUCGGACUGAUUGGCGCGGCGGCUACAACGGGGAUGCCUAUGUGGAAGGUGACUGCUUUCAUUGGAGCGAACAUAAUUGUGAUGGAAACCCGCUGGGAGGGCUUGUGGAUGAACUGCUACCGACAGGCCAACAUCAGGAUGCAGUGUAAGGUGUACGACUCACUGCUGUUCCUGCCCCCGGAAUUACAGGCAGCCAGGGGUCUGAUGUGCUGUUCUCUGGCCUUGUCGGGACUAGGGCUCCUUGUGGCUAUGGGAGGAAUGCGGUGUAUUUCCUGUUUUCAGGGUAAUGAUCGGGCUAAGGCCAUUAUCCUGAUGGUUGCAGGUGUUAUGCAGUUCAUGGCAUGCAUUUGUGUUUUUAUCCCUGUCUCAUGGACAGGUCAUGUCAUCAUCAGAGAUUUCUACAAUCCUUUGCUGAUUGAUGCCGAGAGAAGGGAGCUGGGAGAAGCUCUUUACAUCGGAUGGGUGACUGGUGCCUUCCUUUUCGCUUCAGCCAUGUUGUUUGUCUGCCGCCGUUUGCCCUCAGACAAGGGUUCAUUUGAAGUGUACCACCCAGCCAACCUGCUUGGUUACAAGCCAACACCCAGCAAGCCAACUCUGAUGAGGUAUCAUCCUAUCUCAAGUGUUUCAAGCCUCAGAUCGACUAGAUACCAGCCCUCUCUGCUGAAUAAUGGCUCUGCUGAACCGCAGCUUGCAAUGCCACUGGAAAAUGUUCCUCAGUUAAUGACAAAUGAUGGAGCACUAAUCAACCCUCCUGUUGUCUAUAACCCGAGUCUACCUGAAAAUGCGUCAUUGUUAUAUCAAGGAAGCAUGGCUCACCAUUCCUCCAUGCGGAGUUCUAACCAUGCUGGAAGCAUCUAUGCUCCAGGGAACUCCUUGUACAUAAGCCAAAACACCACGCCAUAUUCACUGACUUACAUCGGCAAUCCCACUGCGUCUUACCAGUCCAGCUUUCAUCCUGUUCCACACACUCCUGUUUUCAUAGGAUAUAAAGCAUCAAAAAUUCAACCGGAGUCUCACAGUGGGAGCAGUGCUGGUGUGUACAUAUAAUGCAAAAUCAUGAGUGGGAUUUUGUAGCCGAUUAAACUUUACAGACACAAAGCACUAUGCUUUUAAACUCCAGCAUCACAAGCUCAUUUAAACUUCUGGUGAAGGUAAAUAAUCUCUUUUUAUAUUAGGAUUAUCCAGAUGGACAGACUAAAUAGCA